CCGGUUUAGCAGAAAGUCUCUGCACUCAGUCACUCAUCAGUCAUUCCUAAGAUAGACAUCUCUGCCGGUCCUUUCUUCGCUUUCAGCAAAUGAUCUUGUUAUACUACAGAUCACGGUGCAACAUUUUUAUAUUCCUUUAUACUUUGUGGUUUAAGGAAUUAGCGUGACUUCGAAUGCAAUUGAGAAACGCACCUGACACCGGAUCCUGUGUUGCUGCAUGAUGAGGAGGGACAAUGGAGUCGUGGCGAUUCUGUCACUUCUGGCAUUAUUCAAACAAGGAGCAUGCCACACUUUACCAGGGAAGCCCAAGCUGACGAGCUGCAGGUCUCCGGAUAAAGAAACCUUCACCUGUUGGUGGGAGCCAGGCUCAGACGGGGGACUGCCUACAAGCUAUGCCCUCCUCUACAGCAGGGAAAAUUCUGACGCGGUGUAUGAGUGUACAGACUACCAGACAGCUGGGAAGAACUCCUGCUUCUUCAACAAGAACGACACGUCCAUUUGGGUUAACUACAACAUCACUGUGGCGGCAACCAACGCGCUGGGUAGCAACUAUUCUGACCCUGUUGAUGUGGACGUGAUUUACAUUGUCCAGCCACACACACCAGAGAAUGUGACAGUGGUGGUGCUGGAGGACAAAGAGGUGCCCUUCCUCAGGGUGUCUUGGAACCCCCCCCACAAGGCCGACACCCGCUCAGGCUGGAUCACCCUCAUCUAUGAGCUCAGAGUCAAACUGAAGGGCGAUGAGGAGUGGGAGGAGCACUAUGCAGGUCAGCAGAAGAUUUUUAACAUCUUCAGCCUGCGGUCAGGAGGAGUAUAUAUGAUCGAGGUGCGCUGUAAGCCAGACCAUGGCUUCUGGAGUGAAUGGAGCACUGCUACCUACGUCAGAAUCCCAAACUAUAUCCCUCGGGAACAUUCCAUGUGGAUCCUGACUGGCACGUUUUCAGCCUUCCUCUUCAUCAUCCUCACAUGCAUACUGAGUCUGAAGAGACCGAGUGUGAAGCAUUUGUUUCUACCACCUGUCCCAGGACCAAAAAUUAAAGGAUUUGACAACCAGCUUCUGAAGAAUGGGAAAUCAGAGGAGGUGUUCAACGCUCUAGUCAUUCAGGGCUUUCCCCCGACUUCUUCAGACUACGAGGACCUGCUAGUGGAGUACCUGGAGGUGUAUGUCAGCGAGGAGCAGGAACUAAUUAUGCAGGAAGGGAAGGACCCCCAAGACAGCUUCCUCAAGUCCAAGAUCUCCUCAUCUGACAGUGACUCGGGGAGAGGCAGCUGCGACAGCCACACUCUACUGAUGGAGAAGUGUGGUGAGGGCACGGCCAGGGAGGAAGAGAAGGACUCGGGCAGCAAAGAGGGGAAGAGCCAGACACAGCGCCAGCCAGUUUGGGAGAAUCUGGAGGAAGUGGAUAGCCAGGCUGUGGAGAUCCAUAGCCCAGACUCUUCUGAUGAAAGAGUGAAUACCUGGCCCUCUGUUUUCUCCCCCAACCUCCAAUGCAGCCCGGGGCCCUCAGAACAUGGCUUAACAGAGACCACCAGGCAGCUCUACCUCUCAGACAGCCUCUUCUCCUCCACCUCAGCCAAUCCCCUGCAUUCAGAGCUCGGAGGGAUCCUUCUAGGCAAAAACCCUCCUCCAUCCCUACCGCCCUGGCGCCUGGAGGCCCAAAGCGAGUUUAACAUCUCCAGCAUGGAGAGCAAGAGGCCUGCCGCGGGGCUGCAGCUGCCCCCCUCCAAGUCGCUGGAGUAUGUGGAAGUCCAGAGGGUCAAUCGGGAAAACAUGCUGGUCCUGCAGCCCCUUUCCAGGCACAGCCAGGAGCCCUUGCAGGUUCAGUUUGCCACUGCAAGGGAAGACUACAGCAAGGUGAAGGGCGUUGUCAGUGACAGUGUACUGUUGCUCCAGAGGGAGAUGGUGGAUGAUCAGUGUACGUGUGACGACCAGGAAAGGGAAUGGCCAGAAGAGGGAUGGCAUGCUGAUUCCACCCACCAGCCACAAGAGAAGAUGGAAAUUCACACAACUGUCACUCCAGCCCAGGAGUUGGGCAUUUUCCUGGCCCCCAAUGGUUAUGUUGACACUGCUACUAUGCUGCCCACCUUUUAACCAACUUAUUCACUAAUGGAAACAAGACCUAGAUAGGAAUGGCAAGGAAACCAAACAAAGACAUUAUUUUGUCAGCAAGGCAAUUGUGUAUUUGCUUUCUUUCAAGAGACUAGUGACACUGAUUUAAUUUAACAUCAUGCAACUUGUACAUUAUCUUAAAUAAAAGUGUAUGAGUUUGGAAUCUUAGUGUAUGUGUACAGGAUUAUGAGUUGUAAUUGAUAUCUGAUCAUGACUGAGUGCUACCUUAUUGCUUCCUUUGCUGUGCAACUUUGUUUCAUGAACCCAGACAGGUUGUUUCCCUAACUAACCUGCAGUGUAUGUAUGUAUAUUUUCUCUGCAUAGGCAAUAUACGGGUGUGUAAAGUAUACAACCAAAUGGGGACACCACUAAUGAAAUAUAUUUUAUGUUGACUUUUCUAUGUAGUAGAUGUCUGUUUCAUUUACAUUAUUGAGCUGCCGAUUUCAGUUUCUAUCAGAUAAAUCUAUUUUGGGUGUUUUGUAAAUAAGAGACAAAAAUAUUUUUUUUAAAAGAAUACAGAAGGAAAUGAUUUAGAGAGUGGGAUAUUUUUCAUACAGAGUGAGGAUUUUAUGGUUUAUGUGCAUACAUAUGUUAUUCUAUUGAUUUGUCCCAUGGAUGACUGUUGUUUAUUAAAGAUGUUAUCAAACAAA